AUGCCUCCACACUGUUGCGUGCCAAUGUGUAAACAACGUGGACUCGCAGACAGCGAUGGCAACAAGGUAUCUUUUCAUCGUUUCCCUAAAGACGGCACACAGUUCAAGAAGUGGAUCAUCGCCAUAAAGAGAGACGAAGGCCCUGAUUUUCGUGUGACCAAGUACACAAAGGUGUGCUAA